ACUCCAUAACCACACGUGCUGCGUCUGCUCUGCGCUUCCCUCGCCGCACUUGCCGGAGCAGCCAUUUCAUCCAGCUGCGCCUCGCCGUCGUGACUCUCACACCAUCUCUCCUUCCCAUCCUCCCAUGUCCUGCGACUCACUGCCUCACGCGUGGCUCGCUUUUCCUUCCCAUCCUCGCAACUUCCGCUAGCGAACCUCCUUCGCGCAACUGCUAUCCGCUUCCACGUCCCUGGUCGUCGACUCAGACGCCUUCGUUUGAGUUUUGAGUCGACUCGAUAGCAACCUCGCACCUUCCGCUAGCGGGCCUCCUUCCCUGUACGAAAGGUGCCGGACGAAAGAGUGCCUUUCCGAGGCGCCGCGUCCUGGAAACCUAGACCUCGCGCAUCCCGAGGCACCUUUCGCACAGCUGUACGUACGGCGUCGUCUGCGCGGACAUACUAGCGCAUUCUUACGUUUCUCAAGGCAGCACUCCACGGCAUUGGCACAGGCCUACCACGCACCUUACCUCCCCACCUAUUCGUUUCUCUGCAGCGUAGCAUGCCGCCCGCAUUCUCCGCUGCCACGUGGCAGCUGACGUGGCGCACAAUCCCGGGUGCGUCCUUUGAGGCGCCUCAGAAGCCGACGCAGCUUCGUGAAAGCGUCCACGACACCUGGAUUGGGCCCAGGUGGAAGGGGAACACGUGGCAGCUCAGGAGUGGGCGAGCGGCUGCAGGGAGAUGCAACAGCGAUGGGAGAAGGGUUCGCGUGGGACGGCUACGAGCAGGCAUGGAUGACCAGCAGCCAGUGCAGCCAGGGGGACCCACCUCUCCUAUGGGCGGGCAGUCGCGGCGGCAGCUGCUGGUGGAGUAUGUGAGGGGCGUGCAGCCGGACUUCAUGGAGAAAUUCUUCCAGCACGCUGAGCCACAGCUGGUGGAUGCCAUGCGCCAGACUGUGAGCAACAUGCUGGGGUCGCUACCGCCACAAUAUUUCGAAGUCACUGUCACGACGGUGGGGGAGAACCUAGCCCAGCUCAUGUUCAGUGUGAUGAUGACGGGUUACAUGUUCCGCAACGCGCAGUACCGCCUCGAGCUCGCCACCUCCUUCACUGCUGCCGUCGCCCUCCCUGCUGCUGCUGCCGCCCCCUCCUCCCCUCCCCACCUCCCUUCCGCCUCCUCCUCCUCGUCCUCCUCCUCUCCUCCCCCCCUCCCCUCCGCCUCCUCCUCCUCUCAGCCGCUACCAGCGUCCUCUUUGUUCCAAGAGCGGGACGGGAGAGGGAGCAGAAGUGGCAGCAGCGGGAGUGACUCUGACUCCGGCUCUGUGUCCCCAUGGCCACCAACCGAUAGUGCCCUCCCGCUAGGUCCGGUGCAGAAGACCCACGUGGCAGGCGAGGUGCUUCGGUGGGACGCCGAGGCUGAGCGGGUGGUUCGGGUGCCAGCUGUCGACUAUGUCGAGCUUCUGGAGGGGGAGGUUCGGGCUCUCAAGAGACGUUUAGAGGAGGAGCAAGCCAGGCUGGCAAGAGCAGGAGGAGGGGGGAGCGGUGCUGGGGGAAACGCACUGUUGGAGUAUCUCAAGGGGCUGGAGCCGCAGAACAUUCAGGAGCUGACGGCGAGUGCGGAUGACGACGCUCUGGCCGCCAUGAAUGCGUUCAUCCAACGGCUGCUGGGCGUCCCUGACGUGGGCGAGAUCAAGUCCGUGGCAUCAGAGACUACAGUGACCGAGCUGGCAAAGCUACUCUAUUGGCUCAUGGUGGUGGGCUACAGUCUGCGCACCUUAGAAGUCCGAUUCGAUAUGGAUAGAGCCCUCGCCGCACCUGCAGUGCAGAAGCGCGCCGAGCUCCCACCACCAGGAGGCAGUGAUGGGUGGAUCACGCCAGGCAAUGAUGGGUGGAUGAUAUGAAAGCAAGGUGAAAGGUUGCAGUUGGGAAAACUAGGGGCCACAUAUCCAUUGCUCGUGAUUGGUGCAUGGACUCUUCUUGUGGUUCUACGGGUACAGUUAUGGACCUCGUGUCUGGCCCGCUUUGCUCCGAACCGAAUGAGGAUUGAACUGCGCUGUACUGUGUUACACUGUGAAAUCAAACAUUUGCAGCGUGCAUCUGUACCACGCGAGCUAGACGCCUGACGUGGAGAUAUGAGACCGUAGA